UAUACAGUGUGUCCCGUUUUAAAUGUACCACUAAAUAUCUCAGCCCGAUAAUCUUAGAUUGAAAUACGGUUUGCUGCAAUAGCUAAGGGGUACUGAAGUACACAUUUAAGGACAAAUUUCAAAUUUUUAACUCUUGUAGUAUGCGCAUGCGCAAUACAAAUUUUUUUUUUUUAAAUUGCAACACCUAUUUUUCUCACCGGAUAUGGAUAGAUUAUUUUAUUCUAAGUAAUUUUGAUCCAUUGACCAUAGUUCUAAACCUAAAAUUGAAUGUGUUACAGCUUUUUGAAAUUUUAAAAUAAUUAAAUUUUUUCGAUUUUACCAAAAACAUUACACGCUUGAAUUUGAUACAAAAGUAAAUCAUUUUUGAACUAAAAUGAAAUGCAUUUAAAUAAUUGAAUACAAAAUCACCUAAAACAAAAUGCCUAGCUAAUUUAAAUUUAAUUAAUUUAAAAAUAAAUGUACCAAUUAAAUUGACACUGACGUUGUAAUUUGCGUUAUUAUUGUGCGAUAAAAGUUAUUGAAUUAUUUCCAGUUUUAUUAUUAGUACUUCGAUAAUAUUAUUGUAGAUAUUGUUUGAUUAUCAAAAAUGAACUAAUGCACGUUCCCUCAGUAUUGUACGUUCAUCGAUGACACUUAUAACUUUUAACAUAAUACUUUGAAAGAUUUUUCUUUUUUUCUUCUUUAAAAUGUUAAACAAUAGUGAAAAAGUUGAUAUGAUUUUAAUUUAUGGUGAGUGUAAUAAACAUUGUCGGGAGGCUGCAAGGGUUUAUGCAAAUCGAUAUCCCGAAAGAUAUCAUCCACCGCAUAAUUUUUUUUUAAGAUUAGUUAAUAAUUUACGAACUUACGGGACUUUUUCGAUAAGAGAUGCACAGAGACAACCACUACGCAAUAUGGAACCAAAUGAUGAUCAGAAAAAUGAAGUAAUUGCGUACAUUCAAUUAAAUCCUCACUCAUCUUUAAGACAUGUUGCUAGAGAAUUUGGCUUUUCAAAAACAAAGGAUGGAGCACCCGCUCAUAAUGCCAUUAUUGUAAGACAACAAUUAAAUGAAAUGUUUGGAAAUCGAUGGAUGGGAACUCACGGGCCAGUGGAAUGGCCCCCACGGUCACCUGAUCUAACACCAUUAGACUUUUUUUUAUGGGGCCAUUUAAAGACUGUUAUUUAUGCAGAUCCACCAGCAAACUUACAGGAUUUAAAAAAUAAAAUAACGGUAGCGUGCAGACAAUUAACAAAAGAACAAAUUUUGGCAGCACCCUAUAGAGAAGUGAGUCGUCGACUGGAAUUGUGUUUAGAAAAAAAUGGAGGAAAUUUUGAACAUUUUAUUAGAUAAAAAAAAUAAACAUAAGUCAAAUCAAUGUAACGGAGUAAUUUUAAUUUAAUUCCUACUUCACAUUCUUAAUUAAAAUCUAUGAAAAAAUCACUCAAUUCAAGCGUGUAAUGUUUUUGGUAAAAUCGAAAAAAUUUAAUUAUUUUAAAAUUUCAAAAAGCUGUAACACAUUCAAUUUUAGGUUUAGAACUAUGGUCAAUGGAUCAAAAUUACUUAGAAUAAAAUAAUCUAUCCAUAUCCGGUGAGAAAAAUAGGUGUUGCAAUUUAAAAAAAAAAAAUUUGUAUUGCGCAUGCGCAUACUACAAGAGUUAAAAAUUUGAAAUUUGUCCUUAAAUGUGUACUUCAGUACCCCUUAGCUAUUGCAGCAAACCGUAUUUCAAUCUAAGAUUAUCGGGCUGAGAUAUUUAGUGGUACAUUUAAAACGGGACACACUGUAU